UGGUAUAUGUAUAUUUGGCAAAAAGGUAUAAUAACCUAGCAGGACGAGGUUCCACAUAUAGUAAGUAGUGACGAAACAUAGAGGACAUUUGCAGGUUAAAACCCUCCUCCGACGAGACUUUCAGCUUCUGGCUUAGAUUUUGAUGGCCUCUCCUGCAACCCUCUUCAUUACUACUCUCUCUCCUCCCUCUCAAUACUCUGUCUCAUCACUUCAAAUCCAACUCUUCAUCAUCUCCACACAUCUCUGGUAAAUGGGUAAGUGCUCUCUCUCUCUCUCUCUCAACUUUUAAAAGAUGGAUUUGUUUCCUUUCUCCUUCCUAUUGACAUGAUAUUACCUAGACUGUUUCUUUGUCUUUUUAUUUGAUCUUUUGCUAGGUCUGACUCUGACUUUAUCAAAAGCUAUAUAGAAUAUAUGGAGAGGAACAGUUUGAGCAAUAACUUGAAAGAACACAGCAUUGGUGGAAGAUCCAUGAAAGGCAACAAAAGUGAUAAAGAUUCAUGGGAAUAUUAUAAUAGCAGCAGUGACAGUCAUGGUGGAGGAGAUUUGCCGAGUGGGUUUUCAUGGCCUCCAAGAUCUUACACUUGUUCCUUCUGCAAAAGGGAAUUCAGAUCUGCUCAAGCCCUUGGUGGUCACAUGAAUGUCCACAGGAGAGAUAGAGCCAGGCUGAGACUAUCACCUCCAAGGGAUGGUCAGCAGUACCCUUUCCUUAACCUUGACCUUAACCCUAACGCUCCUAACCCUAACUCUGAACCUAACCCUAGUCAAAACCCUAAUGACCCAUCUCCUUCAUCACAAUUGUCACCACCUCCUUCAACAAGGUUCCCUCCAAUCACUUCCACAUCUCUUCCCUCUUUGUCUUCACCAUCUUCUGCUUCUCCAAGUGAAAUUAGGAAAUGGGUGAUGAACAAUACUCCAAGCCAUCUGUUCAGCAAUAGGGUUGGAGAUUUGGCGAAGAUCAAGUCUUCGAAAACCCUUUUCGGGGUAACAGAAUUUGAAAGCAUAAGACAAGAAAAGGAAUGCGAGGUUGCGAAGGAGGCAGAGAUUGUUAGGUUGGACUUGGAGAUCGGUUUUGUUAGUGACUCAAAGGAGGAUUUGGAUUUGGAACUUCGCCUCGGACGCCCUUAGAUGAGCUUUUUGAAGCUGCAUUGGCUAGUGUUUCUAAGGUUGGUGGCCCUAGAUUGACUUGUUGCACCACCUUGUGAUAUUAAUUAAUUAACUAUGCGACGAAAUUAUGUAUGUGCAUGGAGAUUUCAAGUGC